AUGCCGAAUCAUGAGGUAACGCCUCACUCUGACAAUGUGGCGGUGCAGUCGAGCCAUGCUCCCACUACUAGAAUUUUGCUCUUAGACAUCACAACAAUUACAUCGUUCUUGUUUCCUUUCUGUUCAGCACCCAACCUCCUCCUCCAUCUCCGAACGGCACCGAACCGUCCUCUUCUUCCUUAUCCACCUCCGAUCAGAACCCGACCCUUCUCCGCCUCUGACCAGCACCCAGCUAAGAACGAAGAGAGAGAGGCCGAGUGCGAAGGGUUAGGGCUCAAAGAUGGUGGAUGUUCCAGAGUUCAAGGCCCCCAUUUCGGAGACGAAUCGGAGCAACUCCGAAAGAAGUGCGCUACGGUUUCCGAGAGGAACAAGUGCGAUGAGCGGCAGUUCGAUUCCAACAAGAGGCCUCCUCACAGAGCUGGACUCAAAGCUGCUGUUGCAUUGCCCGUUGCUUCUGAGCAAUCUCAAUUUGCCUCCAAACAAAACAACAAGGCGUACCCUCGCCGGCGCCCUCGCUGUACUCCGGGAAAUACUGGUCCACAAUCUCGUGAUACUCCGCCGAAAAGAGAUACUGGUAUUGCCAGUGAGAAGGAAUGGGGUAUUAGCUUGUUAAACGAACAUGUGAAGGAAUCCAACACUAAAGAAGAUGGAAGUACUUGGUACCGAGAAAGCGGGGAGAAGCUGGGGAACACUGAGUACAGAUUUAGGUGGACAAGGAUGGGUGGUGCUUCUCAUGACUCCUCUUCAGAGUGGAGUCAACCAUGACAUAACAUAGUUUAAUUUACAUAUACAUGACUAUCAUUCUUCGCUUGUUCGGAAACUCAACCAUGACAUAACAUAGUUUAUUAGGCAUUUGUAUUUGAUCGAGAUUAAUGUGGAAAACAACACUAAAGUCUUUGUAUGUGUGUCUACUUCUGUUCAUACUCAAGAGUCUAAAACAAAUUGGGGCAAUU